CAAAAUCACACUGACAUGGAAACACUGAGAUCCUGUGAAAAGAUCCCCAUGGAAGUGCUUUAUGAACCAAAGAAUAUCUGCAAGGCCUUCCAGGAUAUUUCUACAUACUUCUCUGAUGAAGAGUGGGGAAAGCUGACUCAAUGGCAGAAAAGUGCCUACGUGUACAUGAAAAGAAACUAUAUCAGAAUGACUGACCUAGGUAAGAUGAAAUCUGUGCUCACCGUGAACCAACCAGUUUUUAUGCGUGGCAAGGAGCAGGACAAGCAAUCCCUGUUCAAAGGCAUUGAAGUUCAUGACAGUUAUGAUGAAUGCUUUGAAGGAUCUUUUGGUGUGACACCAAGAAAACGAAUGAAGCUGACAUCAGUGACAAUAAGUAUUCAUAAUGUAGAAGAAAGACUUGCCUCUGGAAAGCAUGAUUCCAACUUGGCAGAAACUGAUGGCAUUCAGGUCAAUGUUUGGAGCCACCGGCUGCGAGAGAGGAAGUAUCAAGUGAUAUAUUCAGAGAUUAGUGAUCCUGAAGAGGAAGAAGAUGAUGAUUACUGAACUUACAGUCGAAAUAAGUCCACAGUGGAAGAAGGAUGGAGUGGCG